UUGCUGUUUGUACUUCCAACAUUUAGAUUUUUAAUAUUGCGGCCACUUAGUAAAAAUUUAAGUUAAAAUAAUUUCGGCAAACUAAUCACAGGACGUAAGCAUUGUCACGAAAUUGUAAAAAUUAAUUGAACUUUUUGAACGUUUGGACCUUUGGACGUAAAUCAAUCACAAAUUAUCUUGUAAUUAUGGCGAGACUUUAUCGAGCUAUUUUUAAUUUUCAAUCAGGUAUUUAAAAUUUGUUGACAUGUGUCAAAAUGCGACAGUUUGGCGGUUGGUGUAAGGGGCUAUAACACCGAAAACAUUUAACUGAUCGAAUUUUUGAUGAGUUCAACUAAUAAUUUGUCGGAUAAAAAGCCGCUAUUUGGCAUAAGCGUGUCAAGUUUCAAAAUGCACACCGAGACAUCUUCAAAUUUUUCCGGGCGGCUGCAGCCCCACCAAGAUGAGCUCCAAUUAUUAGGCGAAUUGGCAGGUGUUCACAUGGAUGUAAAAGUUUUCAGGAUUUUGGUCGAAUUCUUGAACUUGGGGGUAGCCCCGAAUACGAUUUUUUCGGUCUUGAAGAGCAUAAGGCGGUCGCCGUCAAGACGGCUAUCACAUUCGGCACAUCACUGACUUGUAAAUUUAAUAAUAAAAAAAUUGAGCUGAGGUGUUUGUUUGGUGUCCGCUGGUUUAAAAAUGACGUUUGACAAGUGACAGGUGAUUGAAAUGGGGGUUGAGGGAACGCAAUUUUUUUUCAUUUAGGUCUUGUUUUCUGUUGUUUUAAUGAAAUUGCUCAGUUGUUUGUGCUGUGAUUGACAAUUCGUUGCAAACCGUGUGUUUAAGUGGGAAAAUGUCAGUUGAGGAAGAAGUGGAAUUGCGAGACAUGGUGGCUCAAACCCUCGAAUUAAACGGUUGCCUCCCGAAAAUACGAGCACAGUUGAGAGCGAACCUAUUUCUUGCCUUAGACGAAGAUUCUAAAAUAAGUAAGCAACAGCCAUUGUUAAACACAAAAAUCAAGUCAUACUUAGAAGUGCCAGAAGGUCAGCUCAUGUUUUGUCUCGUUAGAGAGUUCCUUGAAUAUUUUGACCUCGAUUUCACUGCGUCUGUUUACGAGCCUGAAUCAUACGUUGGCAGCUUUUACAAGUACGAAGGACGCGACAAAAUCAUCGAAGAUUUGGGCUUAAAACCGUCAGACAGUUUUUCCGGUCCUGUCCUCCAACACUUGCUUAAAGUUGCUCAAAUCAAGUCAAAAACGCUGAAAAUCAAUUUGAAUGUUAACGACGAACUGAAGGAAACUAACGGACACGACUCUGAAGCUGAAAACUCCAUCCUUAGUAACAAAAACAGCCAUAAUUUAAGCGAGCACUCCACACAUAUCAAUAACAAUAAAAACGAUAAUUUAGAUUCCACGUACAUUAAGCGAGACGCUGAAAAUGAUGAUACGUUCAAUGGAACAAGUUCCAUAGAAGAAGAAAACGGCAGCUGUGACAAAUCAACGAAUGAAGAUAGUACAACGGAUCAGGACACCAGUCCAAAAUCUGAAGAUAAGUCAAAGAAAAGUGACAAGCUUAAAACAAAACUCGAGUUGCCACCUUUAAACAAAUCAAGAACUGAUCUACUGCCUUCACUGUAUAGCAAAAAGUCGAGCAAAGAGUACGAUUUCGAAAUUAAAGACGACUACGAGGAGGAUUUCAUGUCCGGGAGCGAAAUCGAGUUAUCCGGGGGCAAGCCGUUGUUUGAGGAGUUGCAACAAGCAAAGUGUGACAAUAAAUCAAGUAACUCAACGGAUAUUGAGACAAAUUUAAGUGUGGAGACGAAUUCUAGUCUCUAAGUUUUGGCCACAGCCUCCUAACAUUUAGUUUGAAUCAAUAGGAGGCGGUGGUUGCGAUCAACGCUCACUUGUACUUAAUGGCUUCUCACUAGAGUUAGAGUUUUGUACUUAAUUUUGAAUGUGCCUUAAAUUUGUGAUUAUUUUUAAUAAAGUAGGUGACUACAAAACAACUGUA